UCCUUUCUGCUUCGACGAAGUUUCUCUGCCUCUGCUUCAUACCAGAUCCGGCGACCUGAAAAAGGCUAGAGCGCCUUCACCUGCCGACUAAGGCAACGGAAAGGCGGCGUGGAGGAGCGGCCAGGUUUGCGGUAAGGCGGCGGGCGGAGGCGAAGUUUCUUCGCCCGUUCAGCGAGGCACGGCUGACCGGCGGAAUCCCCGAAUUUUUACUGAAAUACCGGCCGCCCAGGGGAGUUUGAAAGGUCAGAUUGGUGAUAUUUACUUGUUUAUUGAUGAGAGAUCUAGAAGAUCAAUUCGAACUAGGGUUGUAUUGGUUGAAAUUGUAAGAAGAUUAUGAGAUUAGGGUUUAUUUAAAUUACGGGUGUGUUGGCUGGCUUCUUCUUCGUUUUGCAUCCAUUUUCGCUCUAACUUGAAGUGGGUUGAGCGAAAAUUGCUCGAUAUGAUCCUUCGCCUGAAUAGCCCCUUGCCUUAUCAGGUUGUGAUUGGCAUUCUUUCAUGUUAUUGCAUAAUUGAAGCCCUUAUGGUUUAUAGGUUUCUGCUAAUGAUGAAGAUUCAUGUGCUUCGUGAUGCAGUCCUUGGCUCAUGGGUGCUACAUGAUUGAGUUCAUGCACCUCUGUUAUUCCCUAAUUAUUGCUUAAGCAACAAAACUAUGGAGACCUUCUGCCUUUGGGUCUUUUGUGCUCGUGUAUGUAGUAUCAAUCUUUACAUGAUUGAGUUUCGUGUGCUUGUUUCAAGGCAGUUUCGUCAUUUAUGCAUGUUGAGUAUUUGCAUCUUAUCAAGUUCUCUAGCUAGUCUUUAGCUCAUAUAUUUUGGGGUGAUAUAGUUUAACGAAGACGCGCUGCUUGUGUUUGCUUCAUUGUUCAAACCAGUGACACUAAAUAUUGAUUUUUCCUGUCACAGGUGAUUUUUGGAGCAAACAGCUUUAGAGAGUCAUGAAGCUUUCAUUCUCGAUCCCGGCGAAAUCCUCUUCAUCCAAGCCUACAACUAAACCUAUACUUGUUUCCAAAGAUGAAGAAACUGAACAGAGACAGAAAGAGUAUGUGACAGAGUUCGAUCCCUCGAAAUCUCAUGCUACACAAAAUAAGCCGAAAUACAUUAUUCCUCCAAAGGAGAACGAAUGGCGGCCUCACAAGAGAAUGAAGAACAUCCACAGCCUUGCUUCUCUUCAAUCUGAUGCCUCAUCUAAUGACGUCCGCUUUGAGGUUGCUGUUGAUGGCGUGGAUGAUGGCAGUGGUGGCAAUGUAUCUUAUGGGCUUAAUGUUCGGCAGAGUGCAAAUGAAGACUCUUCUAAAGAUGGUAGUGGGGGUUUCCCAUCUGAAAAAUCCAGCACCGAGAACAUGCUCUUGGAGAAGUUGAAGUAUGAUUUACAUCAUCUUCCGGAUGAUGAAGGAUUCAAGGAGUUUGAGGAUGUUCCAGUAGAGGGUUUUGGUGCAGCCUUGCUCGCUGGUUAUGGAUGGACAGAAGGAAGGGGUAUUGGAAAGAAUGCCAAGGGAGAUGUUGAAGUGAAGCAAUAUUUCAAGAGAACAGAUAAGCAAGGACUUGGGUUUAUGUCCAAUGAAUCUGAAAUGAGUAGUGACAAGAACAAACAGAAGGAGAGAGGUACAGGAAGAGAGAAAGAAACGGAUAUAGAUGACAAGGCUGAUGGAUGUGCUGUUGGUAAAACUGUCAGGCUGGUUGCUGGUUCAAAUGGGGAUGCUGUAGGUUAUAAAGGUACUGUUGUGGAAAAAUUAGGCACUGAGUGGCUAGUUCUGAAGCUUGCAAAAACUGGGGAGGAGUUAAGGGUACAUGCUUCCGAUGUCGCAGCCUUAGGAUCAGUAGAAGAAGAGAAGUGCUUGAAGAAAUUGAAAGAGUUAAGGGUUAGAAGUGAAAAGCAGUCAUCGGACAGUGGGAGGAGUGGAAAACGCACAAAUAGAGAAAGCGACAGAAAGAGAGAUGUUGAUAGAAUAAAACCUGAUAAACAAAGGGGGACCCCAUGGCUAAGGAAUCACAUUAGGGUUAGGAUCAUAAGUAAGGACAUGAAAGGAGGCAGAUUGUACUUGAAGAAAGGGGAGGUGGUGGAUGUUGUGGGACCGUAUAUAUGUGACCUCUCAAUGGAUGGAAGCAGGGAGCUGGUGCAGGGAGUUGAUCAGGAUCUUCUUGAGACUGCAUUGCCAAGGAGUGGAGGUCCUGUUCUCGUUCUGUAUGGGAAACAUAAGGGAGUGUAUGGAAAGCUGGUGAAAAGGGACUUAGAAGAGGUAACCGGGGUUGUGCAGGAUUCGGAUAGCCAUGAGUUCCUCAAAGUCAAACUUGAGCAAAUAGCCGAGUAUGUUGGGGAUCCAAGCGACAUUGGGUAUUAAGUAUUACCUACUGGAGUGUGCUGGCUGCUCAGUCUUUCAGCAGGUAAUUUGGAUGCAUAUAAUGUAAUGAUGCAUCAUCCAUGUCUGUUUCCUAGGGAGUUCUUCAUGGAGCCUGAGCAGUUUUGUGUGAAUCAUGUGCCUUGAUUGUAUCCCUAAUUCUUUUGGGUCAUACUGUUGAUGCUACUCAUUUUACCACCUGGGAAAGUUAAUUCAUCCACAGUUGAUUUACCAGUAGUGCUGUCAGUGGCAUUUAAACCAACUAAUACUACAUGCCUUGUGGACAUCUUUUUUUCUGUAAUGAUUCUUUGUGCACUACUCAAUUCAUAUACAGAAGAUGAAAGUUGAUUCUGCUCUUCUGAGUAAAAUUGUUGCACGAUGAAGUGAUUCAUUCCGUAUUUGUGAUAUUUCUUUCUUUUCUACUUAAGCAGAGGCAUCAGACUUGAAGUCGCAUCCAUCCAUGUCGAGGUUGGCAUACAGAACCGAAACCCCUAUGUUACUAACAAUUCACACUCACAGAAGAAGCAACAAUAGCUAGCUUUGCCUCAUCGCCAUAGAGCGGCAUUCGUUCGUGCCACAUCGGUCUAUACCAUGUUGCCGAAUGCAUCUUCCACCCACUUUAACAUGCACAUGACACUAUUGAUGAACUACUAGAGGUAAUAGAAAGGUAGUGUUAAGUGACAUUCAUUCGUGUUCUUUGUAUUCUGCACUCUUUACUGUGAGAGCGAAAUGCUCUUCUGUUGAGGUGAAUGAAUGCCUUUGCUUUAGAUCGCAAUCAGGUGUACAGAAUACAGACGCUGUUUUCUACGCCUUGAUUAACAAUGUAACAUUACUCUGUUGUCGCUCACACCAGCAUCUUGCUAACUAAUGAGUUUAGUUUAUUUUUGGGUUAAUACCCUAAUUUGACCCGAAGUUUGGCGUAAGUGACAGUUAUGGUCCCAUUUAUCAAAUAAGACAUUUAUGGCCUCCUUUUAAAACUAUUGGACAAAUUUAGCCCAAAAUUUUCUUUGACCGUUAAUAUGACGGUCAAACAGUAUUCCGUUAGUGACUCAGCAAACAACCAAUGAUGUGGCAUGCCACAUUAUUAAAUAAUAUAAUUUUAUAAUUUAAUUAAAAUAAAAAUUAAGAAAAUCCCUUUUAUUAUCCCAAAAUUUCAAAGCCCCAAAUCCAAACACUAAUUCCCUAAACUAAAUCAGCAUCAACAACGCCUCCUCCUUUCUCUUCUUCACCGAAUCCCUCUCUUCCAUCUAACUGCAUUCUCCACAACCAUUGCCCCCUCCAACCCACCAUUAAAAAACAAUGGCCAAGAUCUCCGAUCAUUCCCUCCCCCAACAACAGCAUGCCGCGAUCGCCGCCGCUCGUCCCAAGGAGAAAAGGCGGUGGAGCUUCGUCAAAUCCUAUAACGAGAAAAGGACCACCUCGGCAGCGCCUCCGUCCGCGGUCUCGGCCAGGGUACUGUAGGGAGAUCGUGAUGGUUCCUCUUUCGCCUCCGUGAUGCUCCGACGGAUUGUGGUCGCGGAUGACUACAACGCCGACGAGGGCUGCCACGAGGAAGAGGAGGAUCCGAGCGAACUAUCUCCAUGGCGGCGGCGGCGACAACGAAGGUGGUGGAGGCCGCAGUUGCAACUGCAAACGCCGCCGCGAUGUGAAGAAGAGGAAGGAGGAGGGAGGCGCCUCCUGUUGAUGUUGAUUUAGGGAAUUAGUGUUUGGAUUUGGGGCUUUGGGGAUAAUAAAGGAAUUUUCUUAUUUUUUAUUUUAAUUAAAUUAUAAAAUUAAAAUAAUAUUAUUUACUGCCGUGGUAUGCCAUAUCAGUGGUUGUUUGCUGAGUCACUAACGGAAUAGUGUUUGACCGUCAAUAUUAACGGUCAAAGAAAAUUUUGGGUCAAAU